AUGUCUCAGCCGCCGAUAGAGCUGUCAGAGUGGGCACAGCCCUGGCUCUCUGGUGUUUCGCUCACGCGAAGCAUGGAACAAAUCCCAAGUGGAAGCCCAUGUCCACGAUCUCAAAAUUCUUUUCGUCACACUGGAAUUCUCACUAAGUUUCCAGAGAAGCGGCUUGCUGUCACACUUGGCCGUGAAUGGACUGUCAGUAGAGCCCUGAGAGGCAUCCGUCUAUUUAAACAGAUGAUCGCAGUCAAUGCAACUCUCGGUACAGGCCUCUACUGGCGUGGAGGUCAGAUUUUUGAACUCGGUGAACCAUUGGCGGUGAUUAUAUCUUUUAUGUCUAUCGGAAUAUUGACAUGGGCUGUUAUGCAAUGUAUCACUGAAAUGCUGUGCAUUUGGCCUAUACCUGGUGCAUUAUUAGUAUAUGUUUGUUUAUUCGAUAUCCUUCUCUACAUUGGUGGCAACCUCCGCCGCGGAGUUCAAUUUUUGGGAUUACAUCCACAUCAGCGCAGCUAUACAGGGCGUGCUUAUAUAUCUAAUCAUUCCACUGGCACUCGUCUGCGUCAAUUCGAUAAGGAUCAAAGUAUGCUUUAUCCAUCCUUGCUGAUCAAUGCAAAUGUUUUCGACCUCGGGGCCAAGAGGGUUAACCUUGGAGGUUAG